CCGCGCGCGGUCCCAGGCUGAUGGCGGCGCCGCGGGAGAGCGUGGCGGAUGCGCUGGAGGAUAAAGAGAACCGAGCGGCGGGGCUCGGGGCCUCGCUGUCCCUGGAGAUCCUUCAGAUAAUCAAGGACUCUCAGCAGCAGCAUGGCUUACGGCAUCAAGACUACCAGAGAUACAGGGGUUACUGUUCGCGCAGACUCCGGCGUCUCAGGAAGACUUUGGGCUUCAAAAUGGGGAACAGACACAAGUUCACGGGCAAGAAAGUGACGGCAGAGCUUCUCUCAGACAACAGGUACCUGCUGCUGGUUCUGAUCAAUGCAGAGCGCGCAUGGAGCUACGCCAUGCAGCUGAAACAGGAAGCCAACACCGAGCCUCGCAAGCGUUUCCACUUGUUCUCUCGGCUGAAGAAAGCCGUCAAACAUGGCGAGGAGCUCGAACGCCUGUGUGAGAGCAACCGUGUCGAUGCAAAAACCAAACUAGAAGCUCAGGCCUACACUGCCUAUCUUACAGGUAUGCUGAAUUUUGAGCUGCAGGAAUGGAAACGCGCAAUGGAAGCUUUGCACACAUGCAAGACAAUCUACGAGAAGCUAGCCAGUGCCUUCACAGAUGAGCAGGCUGUGCUGUACCGCCAGCGUGUGGACGAGAUCUCUCCCAACAUCCGCUACUGUGACUACAAUAUAGGCGACCCACUUGCCAUGAAUGAGCUGAUACAGAUGCGACUAAGAUCCGGAGAGAGUGGAGGACUGUUGGAUACGCUGAUCACACAGACCAGAGCCAAGCAGGCGGCCACCAUGAGCGAGGUGGAGUGGAGGGGCAGGGUCAUCCCGGUGAAAAUCGACAAAGUCAGAAUCUUCCUCCUCGGCCUGGCUGACAAUGAAGCGGCCAUUGCCCAGGCUCCGACUGACGAGGCUAAGGAGCGUCUGUAUGAGAGCCUGCUGAGCGAGUGUCGUGAUGCUAUCCAGGCUGUCCGUGAGGAGCUGAGGGCUGACCCCAUGCAGAAGCAGAGGGAACGUUCUCUAGAGCCUGAUUUGGGGAAGGUGUCCAUUCUGCAAUAUCUCCACAGCUACCUCGCCUACAUUAAAUUGUCUACAGCGAUAAAACGCAAUGUUAGCAUGGCCGAGGCCUUGCAGAAGCAGCUGAACGAGCUGUCGCAGGAGGAUGGGAAGCGAGUUCCGCGCCCACAGGAUCUGAUCCGCGUGUACGAGAUCAUCCUGCAGAAUCUGUCGGAGCUGACCCAACUGCCAGGGCUGGAGGAGGAUAAGAACUUCCAGAAGGAGGUGGAGCUGAAGACUUUAGCUUAUAAAGCCUACAGAUGCUUUUUCAUCGCUCAGUCUUAUGUCUUAGUGAAGAAGUGGAGUGAGGUGCUGGUGUUGUAUGAGCGAGUGCUUAAGUACAUCUCAGAGUUCCAGACCCUGACCAGCAAACCUACAAACAACCUGCAGGAUCUCCCCGAUAUGAGGGAACUCGCUGCUCGGGUGAAUGCUGAGAAGUAUUCUCUACAGGCAGCUGCUAUUCUAGACACAGAUGAGGUCUCUGAUAUGGUGUCACAGCUCCAGGUCAAAGACAACAAGCCUUUAGCAGAGCGUUUGGAAGUCUUCUCCAUCGAACCCUCUCUGGUCACGAAACACGCUUUCCUAGUGGAAUUCCCACCCCACUUCCAGCCCAUACCCUGCAAGCCCUUGUUUUUCGACUUGGCCUUGAACCAUGCGACAUUCCCACCCUUGGAAGACAAAGUGGAACAGAAAGGACGAGGAGGCCUCACCGGCUACAUCAAGGGUUUUUUCGGCUUCCGCGGCUAACCUUUGGGGUUGGGAUUGGGGUGACUGGUGGUGGGAUGGCUGUGGGAGUUGGGGGGGGGGCUUUAAAACCUUAUGUUCCACAUAGCAGCCAGCGCUCACACCUGAAUGGAGUUUAAACGCUUCUACUGUUGUACAUCAUAAACCGCGGACAAAGCUAGUGAUCGACGGCAGACUGAACUGAACCCUGUCUCUAUUAGAUGUAGGGAGAGCUGGCAAAGUCCACCCGGCACCACUGGCGAUCACUGAGUGUCACACAGUCCUGUCGCGGUGUGAAAUCUGUUCAAACAUGUCCUCUGGGCUACCUGGAAAUGGACCUCGAUUAAAGGAUCAAUGAUUGUGGGGAACGGGAUAGAAUAGUAAUUUGUGAUAAAUCCAUUCAUUCCGAUACUUAGCCUGAUUCUGUAGCAUGUGGCUGUAUGAUUCUACCUGGGGUCGCUUGAUGUGGUUCUGUGACAUAAUUUGGGUCCUUUCUGCAUCAGGGACGACAGUGCAGUUUGUGAAUUUUGUGGAAAUGACUGACUGAAGCAGCUCAACACUGCCAGUGUUCUCGCCGACUGACGCCAGCAGCCAACCGACUCGUUGACUGCCGCUGAGGUGUUCUGUGGUGCGGAGAGCACACAGGGGUCCCUGAAUGGUACACAAAAUAAGCAUCGUUCCCACACCUGUAAUGUUUUAGUAAAAAAAAUCGCUACUGCCAGUUAGUGGAUUUUGAGCACAGAAAGCAAGGACCUUGCCAGGUUGAGUUCAGUCUGCCGGUACACACAACCACCUCAACUAUUUUCCUCAUUAAUCUUGUGCAGUCGACUCAAGCGUUCAAAGAUCAUCAUUGAGUAAAUUCUCAAGAGUUUGUUUUUAAUCGGUCUGUACGGUCAAGUGUCGAAGCCAGUGCAACCUGGGAUCCACACAGAAGAUUUUUUAAGAUGAAACGUUCUAACCUAAAACAAGUUCAGAAGAUCGAGGGUAUAUCUGAAUUCAAAUUUCAAUUAAAAUGAUUAAAAAUCUUAACGGUUUGAGUUCUUGGACAUUGGGAAAGAUUGUUUCUGUUGUACUGCCGUUGGCUCUGAUAAUUGGAUGAAAAUUUGCUUUGUUUCAAAGGUCCUACAGUAAAACAUUUGAACUAA